AUGUCGGGCGUGGACACGCUUGCGCCGUCGGUGAAAACGGUGAGCGACAGCGGAGGGGCAUCGAGCGACGAUGACGGGGCAGCGGUGAGCGUGAGCUCGACGACGACCGGCCGUGACGGCAAGCGGAAGCGGCACUCGCUGCACAAGACGUCGUGCGAGCUGUGCAAGCAGCGCAAGGUCAACCGGACAUACGGCUCCGAUCUCGAGGCCAAGGUGAACCGUCUGGACGCCAUGCUGCGGCUUCUGGGUCGUCGAGUCGAAGACCACAACACGGCCCACGGCCAGGCCGGCCCAGUCGGCAGCGACAUGUCCACGCCAGCCAGCAUGUCCUCGAGCAGCCAGUCCUCAAUGCUGGACCUCUUCUCCGUCGAUCUCGGCAUAUCGUCGUAUGCCCGAGGCCCGGCACAACAGCAGCGCAUGCAGCAGCCGAGUCCGUCGCCAUCGAGCAGCCAGAUCCAACAAGGGCCCGGCCCUCGCCGCUGUCCCAGUCCCAGUCGCUCACACCGCUGUGGCCCGCCACCACCACCUGCCUCAGCGUCGUCUCCACCGGUCGGUGACGCGGCCCUCGUGUCGGAUCCUGACCUGCCCGAACCUGAGAUCGUGUACACGCUCGUGGACCUGUACUUCAAACACGUCAACACAUGGUGUCCGAUCCUCGACCGCAAGGCCACCUUUGCCGCCUUCUUCGGCUCCACCAUGCUGACCGAGGCCAAGCGCACGCUGCUGCACGCCGUCAUCGCGACGACGCUGCGCUUCUGCCGCGACCCGCGCAUGCCGCCGGCUCGCAAGGCGCAGUUCCAUCGCCUGUCCAAACAGCGGGUUGAGCACUACGCCCUGGAACACGUCAACCUCGAGGCCCUGGAGGCGCUUGUCAUCCUGUCGCUGGACGUGCUGGGCACGUCCAACGGGCCGCUGGGCUGGAACUUGCUGGCCAUGAUCGUCCGCUCUGUCAUCCAGCUCGACCUGUGCACAGAGAGCAGCGUCUUCCUGGCUGCUACCUCAACUCCGCGCACUGGUUCCAUCCGCCGUGUCGUCCUGCUGGAGCCGACCAGCUGGAUCGAGGACGAGAGUCGUCAGUGGCUCUGCUGGAUGGUCUACGUGCUCGAUCGCUACGCCACCGUCGCCACCUCCUUCGACUUCAUGCUCGACGACCGCUGCCUCCAUCUCGCUCUGCCCUGUCGUUACGACCUCUUCUCCAACAAUGUGCCGGUCCAGACUCGCUCCCCUCCAGCUGGGCCCGACCGCUCAGGGCGGUUCGCCCGCCAGCAGCAGCGCCAGCAGUGCCGCCCAGCAACUCUAGCAGCAACUACUAUGGCCCUGCUACCACCUCUGCCUCUGCUUCUGCCACCAACAUCAACACUGCUUCCUCCUCUUCCUUCUACCUCUCCCCCUCCGCCUCCACGCCCUCCGUCUUCCCCCCUGCUCCCCCCGUCCAACAACCCGCAGAACCUGGGCAAAGCUUUUCCCUACCACUGCGAGGUCCUUCGCAUUCUCUCCCCGCGUCCCACAACUUCCUCAAGGCCCCCCAUCGAUGUCACCUCCCCCCGUGCUGUCCAGGCUUGGCGCCACACCUUUCGCGCUCUUGACGGCGAGCUCAAUUCCUGGCUUCACGCCCUUCCUGGCGACCAAAACGCCGCCCAGCGUUGUCUAGGCGCCGUCCGCAGCCUUCGUGACAUCGCCGCCGACGUGCUCGAUACCAACGGCCUCAACCUCCUCGGUCCUCCCUUUGCCUUUGCCCUUUGGGUUAGCGCUCGCGUCCUCAUCGUCCAUGCCGCCGUCUACGAUCCCUCUGUCGUUGAUGGUGUCAUGGACUUCCUCAUCGAUACCCUCCGCCAGAUGGGCACUUACUGGGAGGUCGCUGCCACCUAUGCCCGCAUCCUCAGUGACAUUGUCGCCGAGGGCCGGCGCGGCGACCCAUCCUUUGCCGAGAUGCGAAGAUGUGCCUGCGAUGUCGUCGAUCUCGCCAACCGCCAGCGCCACUCCUCGCUCGAGCCCACUACCACUCGGCCUACUACCUCUCGCGAGCUCGACUACGUCGACGUCUUUGAUUUCUUCAACUAUCCCAAGGUCGCCGUCCCCCUCUCCGUCGCCCCCUCUCCGCUGCCCUACCUCUCCGUCGAGAAGGUCGCGGCCACUCCCGACAGAGGAGUCCCCGACUUCACUUUUGAGGCCCAGCGCCCCGAUGUUGACUGGCUGAGCUUCCAGCCACCGCAUGACUGA